AACCCCUUAUAAAGUUGUAAAAGCCGCGUCGGACUUGGAAUUUUUACGGUGGCCUGAAACAAGUUGUGAUCACCGCAACUAGGCAAAGAAAGGGGACAACAUGGCCACCAAGCAUGCGUGCCAAAAUGUACUAGGAGGACAUGGAGAACCAAGGGAAGGGACGAUACUUUGGUCGUCGCUGGCUGAAAACGCGUGGGCCCUGGGGAUGAGAUUGAUACUCGGAACAGACAGGAACAGACUGAGAAGCAUUCAUAGAUCGUUGGUUUUAUACAUACGUGCCUGGAAUGGAGACGAGUUUCACUAACAGUUACCAAGAAUCAACGCUGACAUCCUUACUGAAACGAAGCAUUAAAGCCAAGCAACAUUCUCAUUCGCCAUACAGUAAGUUUCGUGUCGGCGCAGCUUUGCUGACUGACACUGGAGAGAUCAUCGAUGGUUGUAACGUGGAAAAUGCAAGUUAUGGAUUGACGAUUUGUGCUGAGAGAACUGCCUUAGUAAAGGCUGUGAGUAUGGGCUUUAAAAAAUUCCCUGCUAUUGCCAUAUCAAGUGAUACAGAAAAAUUUAUCGCUCCUUGUGGCGACUGCAGACAAGUUAUAGCGGAGUUUGGAUUGGAUUGUGAUGUGUACCUUGUUAAGUCAGACUUGUCUUACAAGAAAUUGAGUGUUUCAGAGCUGUUACCAAUGACAUUCACAUCUGAGGAUUUGGAGAGAGCAAAGUUGAAGAAAUAAAGUCAGGGUGAUCUUUUCUCUAGUAUCGAUCUCAGCUGAGAAGUAAGAACUGACCAGAACUGAACAUUGCGCAAGUAACCGAUCAACAUGUCUUCAUGGUAGCUAAGGGUCGUUGGGUUGGCAGAGAAUACAGUGUUUUCUUAAAUUCUGAUGUGGAACAUAAGCAUGUGUUAUAGUCAAACUAAGUGAAGCGUACCCCUCAAGAUUACAUUAAUGAAUUGAUUAUUUGAAUAGUGAA